UUAAUAUAUAUUACUAUUAGAAACAAUACGGAUAUUGUGUUUAACUGAAUGGUUAUAAUGUAUCGUAUAUCUGAUAUUUGUAAGCAAAUGUAACAUAGUUAACAAGCAGGUUUUAUUAAAUCAUAAGUAUAGUUUUCAAAUAAAACCGGUGAGACCGAUACGAAAAAUAGUGUGUUUUUUCGUUUGAACAAUGGCAUGUUCGAGAUCUAUUAUUUCAAGUUCUGAUGAAUUGCGAGACAUAUUUUGUGAACCUUGUGGAAAGGCUCAACAAAAAACAACAGCAGAAGGGUUCUGUGUUGACUGUUCUGAAUACUUAUGCGGACAGUGUUAUAAUCAUCAUAGGCGUUAUAAACAAUUUGGACACCAUGUUCUUCAAGAUAAAAACAGCAUGCCUUUGGAUCCAAAACAUACUGUAUCGAAAUAUGUCUGUACAUCAAAGUGUCAAGUUCACGCGGAUGAAGUUACAAAAUAUAUUUGUAAGACCUGUGACAAGAUCGGAUGUAACGUUUGCAUGACGAUAGACCAUCGAUCAUGUGAUGGUGUCAGGUACAUCCCGGACGAAGUGAAGAAAUCUGAUACAUCUGUAGAAAUACAAGAAUUUGCGAAAAUGAUAGAUAAUAAGUACGAAGAGCAACAAAAAUUGUAUGACAAGAUUUGUCAAAACAGUCAAAUGUCCGAUGAAAUGAACAAAACAGCCUGUACGGAUCUUGAUCGACAAAAAGAUCAGAUUGUCACCUUCUUUGAAAAUCUUUAUCAUAAAAUCAAAACGGAAAUAGUUAGAAAACAGAACGAAAAUGAUAAAUUAUUCAAAGAUUUGUUGGAAGCAGUCAUUGAUAUGCAAACAGAUCUGACAAAUCGGAAAGGGAGACUAAACACUUUAGAACAAGGUCAACAAUUCUGUGAAGCUUAUAUUUUCAUGAAAAACACACAAACAGCAAUAGAAAAGAUGACAAUGGACAUGAUAGAACUUUCAAAAAAAGGAAAGGAAAAACCAGGUAGAUACGAGCCAACUUUAGAUGUCGCGGAAUUGAAAGAACAUAUCCGAGAGUUAGGGUGUUGGUUAACUGAAGAGUCAGAUCAGAUAACAGAAAUUUCUGUCGGGUCGGUGAAAAACAAGAAAGAGCACCAAAUGAUACCCUAUGAAAACAAAGAACCGAAGAAUACACUUGGUAGGACGAAUGCAAUAGUUGAAGGUCUAAAUAAAACUGUAACUGAGUUACAGUCACGUGUACAAAAGAAAGAGCAUUUCAUCAAAGAACUGAAAACAGAGAAAGAAAAUCAAAAACUGGACUAUGAAAGCAGACUUUAUAAAAUGAAGAAUGAACUCCGUCCAAAGGAAAUACAAAAAAAGAAAGACUAUGGAAUACUAAGUCAAAUAAAAAAAGACCUUUGGACACCAGAGAUGUCUAGGUCGAUGGAUGGACCGAUUAGUGGGUUAAAUGCAAUGAAACGACAACUAAAUUUUGUGAAAAAAGAAUUCAGUAAAAGCCCUCUGUUUUCUGGAGGGAGCUUGUAA